CCAUAUUAUUACGCAAAGGCAAGAAUUAUAUAAUAGUUCUGCAGUGCAAUGGCAUCUUCUACAACGAACGCUCGAGAUUUAGAACAGAUUGUAAGGGAUGGACUUAGCUCACUGGUCUUUGCGUUUGGUUACAAAACUGGUAUAGUGAACGCCUUUACUGAAAUUCAGCAGCCGUGUACCGCAGAGGAAUUGAAUCAAAAAGCUGGAAAGAAAUUGAGGUACACACAAGAAUGGCUAGGUUGUAUGGUUGCAGCCGGAAUUGUAACAAUUACAGACGACGAAAAAUAUUCACUUCCUCAUGACAAAACUCAAAUAAAAACCUGGGGCCACAUUGCUACUGCUAUUCCUAUUCUGGGCGAUAUUAUUCCAAAACUUGACAAGGCAGCUACACUGGGUGGACCCAAAGGAUUUACCUACCAGGAACCGUAUCUGCAUUGGCUUAACGUGUUCCGAUCUCCAGAAGCUCUUCAGGAAUGGAACCAAGAGCUUCUUGUUCCUGUGAUGAACCUUAAAUCUGGGGGCGAGUUUGUGAUACUAGACAUAGGAUGUGGGUUUGGAAAGCAUUCCAGAGAAGUGGCGAAGCUUUAUCCGCACUCGAAAAUUAUCGCAAUUGAUAUGGAACAAGUGUCAAUUGAUAACGCCAAAAAGGAACUUGCCGAAGAUGGGCUUGAAAACAUUGAAUAUCUAUGUAUGAGAGGAGGACAACUUCCAGAAGAAUGGGCGGAAAAAUUUGAUUUCGUGAUAAUCAACGACGUUUUGCAUGAUUCCUACGAAGUUGACGAGAUAUUGGAAGGAGUAAAGAAAGUGCUUAAACCUGACGGAUUUGCGGCCGCUUUCGACCCCGCGGUGUCGUCAUAUCACAAAAAGAUAUUCAAGGACGCAACCGCACAAUUCUUCUUACCUUAUAGCCUUUUUUCAUGUCUUCCAGUGAGUAGCAUGGGUCCUAAUGAAGGGCUUGGCAUUGGUUGGGGCUACGAACGCCGAAAACAGAAGAUCGAGGAACAUGGUUUCCAGGUUGUCCAGGUCGGGGAAAAAGAUGUCAAUACCAUACAAGAGGGCAUCGUAUUCCAGAAGUAGAACUUUAUAUAUUUUUAUUUAAUGGAGGGUUUUUAAAAAAAAAACAUAUUAGAAGAAGUAGUUUGACAUUGCACUGUUUAAUGUACAGCAAUUAUGAUAAUAAUGGUACUAGUUAGUUUACCUUUUUUCCUUUUAUCAUUUACAGUUUUAAAUUGUAUGAAAUUUUUCAUGUAGACGUGUGUAUAUAUUCUUUAUUUGUAGAUAAAACUUUUAUGGAUAACUUUUUGAUUUUCUAAAACAUCUAACAAAUAAAUGA